UUCCCACCUCCGUAACCAUCACAGUCCUUUCUCUCCGCCUCCACCAAGCACUGUCGCGACUCCCCAUUGCCACCGGCGAUCUCCACCGCUCUUCACCCCUAGUCUUCCUUUCCUAUCCUCUUCAACCACCUCGCUUGGUUCUUCAAGCAUUGCUCCUGAGCCGCCUUUCCUCUACGACUCUACUUCCCCCUGCUUUCUGAGUUUAGCGCCUCCGUUCCACCAUCAUCACCUCCAUCAGUAGCCGCCGUCUCUGGGUCGGCGCUGCUCUUCCCUCCCUUUUAGUUUCCAUUUCUGCUUCUGAAACCCUUCCAGGAUGUCUGAUAGGAAAGAGAAAGGCAAGGCUAAGGCUAGCUCCAGUAAAAGGAAGAGAGGACAAUCAUCCGUUGUUCUCUUGGAUGAAUUUUGGUGUGAAAAGAAUUUCUCUGAUAAAAAAAAAGGCUGAUCAACUUGUGCCUGCUAACGACUCAGUCAAAUUUGCCAACCUUUACUGUGAACUCAAGUUUUCGGUGUUUGUGAAAAAACAGAACCUCUACUUGGAAAGGAAGCUCAGAAUACCAACCGAUUUGAGAAAGUAUACUGAACAUCAAAUUGAAUAGAGAGGUUGGGUAUUUCUAGAUAGGGAUCUGGCAGAGGUAAACGCAUCAUGGGUCCGUGAGUUCUAUUCUAACUAUUAUAGGACGACCUUUGAUGCAAUGCAGCGUAAGGGGAAUCAUAUCUUAGUCACAGAGGAGGCGAUACAGGAUAUCCUCCACUUCUGGCCUAAAACAGAUGAUAUCGAUGGUUUCAAGAAGGCCGAGGAGUCUAUUAGAUUCAUGAGUUUUGAUUGGGAUGCUGUCCGGCGUACUAUAGCCAUUGAUCCUGAUGUUCCGUGGGCUAUGGGAAAGUCGAAGGAAACUCCACGGGGUAUCAAGGUUGAUUAUCUCAAUGAUGAGGCUAGGCUGUGGCAAUAGAUACUGAGCAAUUAUGUGAUGCCUAGUACUCACGAGUCAGAAGUGCCAGCGGCUAUGAUCCUUCUUAUUUGGUGUGUCAUGGACGGAAGAGACCUAUACCUCCCACGACUCAUUAGGAAGUAUAUGUCUAGAGUUCACGUCAAGGGCACAUUGGCAUUUCCUUAUUUGAUCAUUCAAACGGCUCGUCGAGCUGAAGUGCCUUGGGAGCCAGAGGAUGAGAGACCACCGAUUGCCGAUUGCAAGAAGGUUAUUCCGCACAACAAGCGGUUUGGCCCUCUAGGCCACAGACCACCUAUUACUGCUCCCACUGAAGCAGCCACAUCCUCAGCAGCACCUACAGCACCACCUACUUUAGCAGCACCAUCAUCCACUCAGCCAUUUUACCACCUUGUGCAGCGCCUUUUUGAGCGUAUUGAUCAGAUGGAACGCCGCAAUCAGCGACGCUAUGAGCAGUCGAAGCGUCGCAACAAGCGACGCUAUGCCCAUCUGAAGUUGAUUAUGACUACUGGACGUACUGACAUCCCCUCUGAACCUAACACACCCCUGAGCACUCUGAGGAGGAGGACCAGCAGGAGGAGGCAUAGCAGAAGGACCAGUAGGAGGCACAACAUGAGGAGACUCAGCCUGAGCAUCUGACAGAGUCACAGACACCUGCAGCUGACCGUGGACCAGUGAGUGACGAUCUUUCUCACCCAGCUUGACCUCGAUGCUAUGAUUUAAGUAUGGGGAGGUCGCCAUCUUCGGCGGACUAUAUUUUGGUGAACCAUUUCAGACUUUUGUUUUAUUUUGCUUUAUUUUGUUUUAUUUUUAGU